GUGUCGCUUUUGCAGCUGCGCGCUGUGGGAGUUUGUGUGAGCUCAGUCUGUGAUGGCGACCGCAGGUUCGAUCCGUGCAGUUACAGACCGAACCGACUGACAGCGCGACAGCAAGAUCUGAGGCUUCAGAAUGAGAUGAGACCUGAACCGAAGCGACCUGAUCUGAGCCGAGCCGCUGCGUGUUGUGUAGACCAGCGUUAUGUCCGACGAGAGAUGCCCUCAGCUGGUGGAUUAUUUCGUGGUGGCCGGUCUUGCGGGUGAGUCUUGUCCGGUGGAUGAAGAUGGUCGUGAGAGGGGCGUGCGAGCGUUGCAGCCCGUCACAGAUCUGGCCGUGAUCGCCCGUGGGCUCGGGGAGGAAGUUCCUGAGGGCUUCACCUGCAUUGAGAAGACACAAGGAGGCCAUCCGGCAGAACUGAGCGCUGGCUUACUGAACAACCCACACAUGUUCCUCUGUUACAGACGCGGGCACGACAAACCACCCAUCAUUGAGCUCGGCAUUCUGUAUGAAGGGAAAGACCCCAUCAAACAGGGAUGGCAUUUGAUCGAGACGACCCCGUACAGCCGCUCAGCCAGCCUCAGUUCUAGUGGUCCCACCACUCACCGGACGUUCCUGAUGUACCGGAGGGCACCGGACUCACAGGCUCUGAACACUCUGGGUGUGACGGAGAUCUCGCUGCUCAUGCCCAGCAAGGGUGAAGCGGCACCACACACCUACUGCAGAGUCGACAAGAACCUCAACACUGGCAUGUGGGGUCCAGCGCUGUAUCUGUGCUACAAGCGUUCAGUGGCUAAAGCAAACGCACUAGCGUAUGAAGCAGGUCUGAUCAGUCGGUACCCAGAGGAGGAUCUAGAAUCGUUUCCAUUACCGGACUCUGUGCCGGUUUUCUGUCUCCCGAUGGGCGUAACUGUAGAGAGCUGGCCGCUCAACACCAAGUAUCAGCUGCCCGUCUUCUCUACAUUUGUCCUGACGAGUGCUUCUGGAGAUAAGGUGUAUGGGGCAGCGCUCCAGUUUUAUGAGGUGUAUCCGCGUGAGUCUCUGUCUGAGAGACAGUCUGUUCAUCUGGGGCUGCUCAGCGUGGUGGACCGGCGGCCAAUCACCAACCGCAGUCUUCAGGUGAAGAAGAGCAUCUGUGUGCUGUCUCACUGGCCGUUCUUCAGCGUCUUCCAGAAGUUUCUCACCUUCAUAUACAGAUACUCCAUCUCAGGACCUCACGUGCUGCCGCUGGAGAAACAUAUAUCAAGUUUCAUGCACAAUGUGCCGUUCCCCUCAGCUCAGCGUCCUCGUAUCCUGGUGCAGCUCUCUCCAUACGAUAAUCUACUGCUCUGUCAGCCUGUGUCAUCUCCACUGCCACUGAGUGGUGCCAGCUUUGUGAAGUUACUGCAGAAUUUAGGACCGGAGAACGCAUGUACGCUGCUGCUGGCCGUCCUCAUUGAACACAAGCUGCUGCUUCAUUCUUUACGGCCUGACGUGCUGACGUCCGUCAGUGAGGCGUUGGUGUUGAUGGCGUUUCCUCUGCGCUGGCAAUGCCCGUAUAUCCCACUGUGUCCACUGCGCAUGGCAGACGUUCUCUGUGCCCCGAUGCCCUUCAUAGUGGGCGUCCACUCCAGUUACUUUGACCUGUACGACCCGCCGGCUGACGUGGUGUGUGUGGAUCUCGACACUAACACCAUUUUCCAGUGUGAAGAUAAGAAACCACUCACCUGGAGAUCUUUGCCAAGGAAACAAGGGAAAGCUCUGCUGAGUUCCCUGAGUAACCUGCACAAAACCCUGGAGAGCAUUUAUACUCCUGGUCAGGAGGAGGCGACGCUGGAGUUCUUGUUGACGGAUUACGAUCUGAUUUAUGGCCGUCAGAAGCAGCUGGAGUUGGAGAUUCAGGAGGCGUUUCUGCGCUUCAUGAGCUGUUUGUUGAAAGGCUACAGGUCUUUUCUUCUGCCCAUCACACAAGCGCCAUCAGACAGAACCACAGACUGCAGUUCACUGUUCAACCUGCAGGGUUUCCUGAAAUCUCGUGAGCGUACGCAGCAGAAGUUUUACACGCAGCUCACUAAGACUCAGAUGUUCUCUCAGUUUGUAGAAGAAUGUUCAUUUGUCAGCGACAGACACACCAGCCUCGAGUUCUUUGAUGAAUGCGUACAGAAGGUGGAUGUAGAGAAACCUGAUGUAGUGAGGUUGAUAGAUCUGGAUGAAUCUCACAGUGGUGAACACACCGUGUUUAUUAUGCCUCCAGAAGAACCACAGGAAGCUGACGGCUCAGAGUGUCCAGCUCACUACAGCUAUGACACGUUCCCUAUCCUGCUGUCGGAUUUGUUCGAUCGGCCACAGGAUCAGCUGCGGACUCCUGCUAAAGGCAGCCCUCCCAGUAGCCCCGCCCCCCGCCGUACCAAACAGGAAAUAAAGCUGGCACAGAAGAAGGCCCAGAAAUAUUCAGCAGUUCCAGACAUGUGGUCCAAAUGUCUGCUGGGUCACUGCUACGGUCUCUGGUUCAUCUACCUGCCCACGUUUGUUAAAGCUGAAAGCACUAAAGUACGAGCACUGCAUACAGCAUACGAGGUCCUUAAACACAUGGAGACACGGAAGGUGGUGCUACCUGAUGAAGUGUGUUAUCGGAUCCUCAUGCAGUUGUGUGGUCAGUACGGUCAGCCCAUCCUCGCUGUCAGGGUUCUGUUAGAGAUGAAGAAAGCAGGAAUCAUUCCCAACACCAUCACAUAUGGAUACUACAAUAAAGCCGUUCUGGAGAGUAAGUGGCCCUCCACCAAUCAGGGUGGUCGUCUUCGCUGGGCGAAGCUUCGUAACGUGAUAUUGGCUGUCGCUCAGUUCCGGCAGCCAAUCAAAGAGCAGCAGAGAAACAUGUCUCUCUGUACCCCGUCAGGAGACAUGCUGUCAAAGCCCCGCCCCUAUUCUGCUCUGGUUCGCCAGUCCAGCUGGAGUGGUUUGAGUGAAAGCUCGAGUCACGAAUCACUGAUGAGUCUGGCUAAGAGUAACAGUAUGAGCAGCAUGCAGGCGUCAACCAACAAAAGCAAAGUCUGUACGAAAGCUGAACCUCAGCCCGUGGGUGCCGAUGGCUCCGCCUCCCGUAAACCUCCCGCUGGUCGUCGUGACACGCUUAACCCUCCUGCGCCUGUCCUGGUGCGUCGCAGUGACGUCUGUCUGUCCACCUUCUAUAAAGACUGCGCAGAGACGACAGACACAAACCACAGGAACAGCAGCAGGUCGGUGGAAGUAAAGGAAACUCUAAACAGGAGGUCAGUUGAUGAAAACUACAAUAACGUUUCUUCUCCAAGCCGCGGAUUGGCCAGUAAACUGCAGCAGCUCCUCACUCCUACACGAAACCGAGCGUCGGUACGGCGGGCCGCUAGCGUGGAUGACCGACGGCCGGGAGCCAGCGGAUCCUCUCGACGGACCUUAGAGCAGAAACCCUCACGAAAAAUCCAGAUGCCUGAAAGUCUGCUGAAGGCAAAAGAACGACUUUAUAACGCCACUUCUGAGAGCUCGCUGUCUGUGAGCAGUGAUAUUGACAUGACUGACAUUCAACCACUGGCUGUUCCUCUCAGGAGGUCCUGGGAUUCAGCACAGGAAGGGGUGGGCAUUGAGGUGUUGAUGUCCAGCUGUUCAUUGUGUCGCACCUGUAAUUCUCUUGUCUAUGAUGAGGAGAUUAUGGCCGGCUGGUCGUCUGAUGACUCCAAUCUCAACAGCACCUGUCCAUAUUGUAUGGCAUCAUUUGUCCCGCUGCUCAAUGCAGAAAUCUGUGAUCUGGGUCCAGUCUGCAGUGUGGAGCGCAUUUCUCUGAGUGUAGAUGGUGAGCUUGAUAACGGCGUGAGAUCGUCACCUGCUGGUCGGGAGGACACACAGCAGCACGUGUGUAACGGCAUCAGAGAGACAGACUCGGAGAACAGCAGCCAAUCAGAGCGCAGCAGUCCAAUAGUGUCAUCAGUGGGCGGAGCCCCGCAGGUGACCGUGGCGUAUCUGAGCCCGCUGGUGUUGCGUAAAGAGACAGAGAGUCUGCUGGAGAACGAAGGGGAGGCUGUUCUCUCUCAGGUCCAGCUGCUGGACAGUCACCCUAUACUCUUCUGGAAUCUUGUGUGGUAUUUCACCCGACUCGGACUCCCCAGUAACCUGCCACAGCUGCUGAGAGAAUCUCCUCUGACAGCACACUUUACACAGGUUUCAGAGGGCUGUUCAGUGCGUGUUAGGUUACUUUGGGACACUUUGACCCCUGACCCUGAUCAGUGGCCUCCUCUCUAUAUACUCUGGAGAAAACACAGUGGCGCACCCAUGCGCUCUUUCAGCUGGCGACAUCAUAACCACCCCUUCGGGUUAAACUUCCUGGAGGAAGUGUUGCGCUGGAUCGGUAUGAACGAGGUACACAAGGCCAUUGCGCUCUUCCUGGAUACCGUUGCUAAGCAUCCAGACACUCCCUGGAUACAGAGGAGUUUGUACAGAGAGAUGUUGUUCCUCACACUGGCUGCUAUGGGUAAAGAUCAUGUGGCUAUGUUUGAUAAGCGAUAUAAGGCCGCAUAUGUGCGGUUGAGCGGCUCUCUGGGUCGAGAUGAGCUCAGGAGAAAGAGAGUUCAACCUCCGAGUCCUAAAGCUGUGGACUGCAGACGCUGCUUUCUGUUGCCGCUGGAGUGCUGAUGAGCGUCGUCACGCACCUUUGUCCUUUUAUGUCUUGCUGUUUGCACCUCCUCACGCUCCCUCCUUCACCUCCUGCCUGCGCACGCAGCGCUGCGACUCCGGCGGGGAGACCUGCGUCCCUGUGCUCUUCUGUGCAUUAUAGGAACCUAAAAACUGCUUCUGUAUCCCACAAUGCCAUGCAACUGACACCCAGCCUAAGCCUCAGAUACUUAGGAGGAGGAGGGUGGGACAUUUUAAUAGGAUAGACUAAACCACAGAACCCAUCAACAUUAACCUCUUUAUUUCUGUUUACUAGUAUUGUGAAGGUGUAAAAUGAGUCUGAACUAACAAGAGAACGAAAAGCAGAGGAACUCCUCUUUAAGCAGAUGGAUUUAUUGUUUCUCACUGUGUCUUAAUCAGGUGAAAGUGACACAACAACUCUUAAAUCAUCUGACUGAAGCGCGACACGAGACGUUUCAUUGGUUGUUUUGUUUUUGUUUCUGCAGUGUCAUGAUCCUCCCACUGUGAUAUCUGAUUGGUUCAAAAUCACAUCUGAUUAGGACACAGUGACUUAAACUCUGAAAUCAUUUGUGUGUGUGUCUGUGUUUUUGUUCAAUGUUUUAAACUUGAUGUUUUAGUGGUUUUAGGGGAAGUUUUCAAUGUGGGAGAAGUUUAUAUCUGAAUGAAUCUGUCCAGAAGCUCUGCUGUAAUGAUGAUGAUGAUGAUGAUGAUGAUGAUGAUCAAUUUCUUUCUGCUGUUCUGCUUUAAAAUUAAAAAGCCAGCAGCUGUAGUGUGCACUCCUAAGGGAAGCGCAGCAAACCUCAAUUCAGCAUCAUGCCAGAGUCAGUUUACCCCUGAAUCUAAAGAAAUCAAUGAGAUUCAGCUUUAUUCAUGGUUUUUUUUUAGGAUUAUUGGGACAUUUUGCUGUUGAAUGUUAUUUUCAUGACAACUAAAAAAUAAUUUGUAUCAUUGUCGUUUACAUUUAUUUUACUCUUCUCUUCUAAAUGAGAAAAGUCCUUUUUCCAUUUAGAUUUUGCAAGGGAUAAGGGAUCGUCAUGAAAAUAAUCAUAUUGCAAAGUCUUAAUACUGAUAAAUGUUAUUGUCAUUGAGUUUUGAGCCGAACAGCAGGAAGAAAUGUCUUCAUCAUGUCCUUUAAUCGUCUGUUUCUAGUUCUUCAUGCAUGUCUUCAUAUAUUUUCAUAUAGAUUUCGGUCAUGUAUAUCAGAGCUCUGGGGUUAUGACGCACAUCUCACGCUCUGCAUUCUGGUCUGUUUCUGUUGAAUGUUUAUCUGUGAGUUUCAUUCUGCAGGCUUUGUUUUCAAAACUCAUUACAGUGACAAUAGGAUUUAUGGCACAUAAACUAGUCUUAAUUUUAUUGAUGGGAAAUCUGAAACAGAUUUGUUUUAAUGACAUCACAGUAAAUGAUGUAAGAGGAAAAUUGUUUUUGUUUUUUUUGUCAUUCACUGCAAUAAACUGUAGAACAGCAAACGUCGCUGAAGCAUGUCAUGAGGGAAGUUAAGUUUAUAAAGAUUAAGAGAAAAGAUAGAUUAUAAAGCUCUAUUUAAGUUUUAAUGCGUUUGCUGUGGUAAUUUAUAUUGAAGUGAGUUUUGUUGUUGUUGUUGUUGUUGUUGUUGUUUUUUAAGAAAAGAGAUUAAUGACCCUGAA